AAUUAUGCAGAGACUCACUGCAAACAGCUACUGAGUGAUGUGUUUUCUCCUUGUCGUCAAAAGAUUAAUGUCGAACAAUAUUAUAAGUCCUGCAAGUCAACAACUUCCAAAUGCUACAAAGGAGAAGACCAACAGUGCUUCUGCGAUGCUAUUGCUGCAUAUAGCCAAGCAUGUUGUCGACAAGGAAUUAUCAUCCACUGGAGGAAUGCAGACAACUGUCCAUCUCAUUGUGAAUAUUAUAACAGAGUACAUGGAAGCGACCCACAUUUCAUCAACAACAUGAACGGUCUGACCAUUUCCAUAGAUUUUGUCAACAAAAGACUGUUACUUGAAAAGUACAACAAUACAAGAGUACUCCAGAUGAGCUUUUUGUUCACCCCAGCCCUCUACAAGGCUAUUUCCAGUUCAGAUAAAUAUAUGUCACUGGAAUCUGUGAAAUAUCCUAACUACUUUGUCCGUUACUUUGACAAUGGAACUGUUACUUUGGAGAAAUGGCAGAUGGGUGAUCUGUUUCGAAAGCAAGCUUCAUUUCUUGUCCAUAAGAAUAGGUGGUUUGCCAAAUACAGUGCAUUUGAAUCAUAUACCUCGCGACAAGAAUUCCUCUUUGCCAAUCCAAAUGGAAUUAUAUCAAUGGAAAAAUAUGAUGUCAGAAAAAGGAUGGCCAUGAGUUUCAAGACCACAGAGUGUGACUUUGCAAUACCGGAGUACACCUUAUGUGAAUGGGUGUAUAGGCCAUGUGAAAGUCCCUGUUUAAAGACCUGCCAGGAUCCACUUGGAAGUAAAUGCACUCUAUCGGUAAAGAUUGAAGGUUGCUUCCCACAUUGUGCAGAAGACAAAGUGCUUGAUGAAACAACAUACAGAUGUGUCCGUUUGGAUGAAUGUACCUCACCAGCAACAGGACAUUCAGGGCUUCCAGGAGUUCCUCUGAUGGAAUUUAUACCACCAUUAACCAAUACUGAAACCAAAAUUCUUGAUACCAUCACUGAUAAUACCAGUAUGCUCACUUCUGAAACAAUGGGCAUCAAUCAUACAACCAAUUCUGAAAUAAUACUCCAGCAAACAAAUACAGCUACACAUGAAAUUAAAGCCACAUCUAAUGAUACUAUGAAUCCUAAAACUAUGACCAUCCAGACUGAUAGAACUACUAAUAAGUCCGGACUCAGUGACAUCAACACAAUGGUUCGGGAAACAUUUAGCAUCCAAUUCAACACAGCUGAGACAUUAGAUACCCACAAUUAUACAAUUGCUCUUAAGACAAUGGACACUAACCCCAGUACAGCUGCUCCUGAAACCCUGUCCACCCAGACCAAUUUAAACGUACCUGAAAGUGUGUACACACAAUACAAUUCAAUCACUGCUGAAGUUUGGGGUAACCUCACAAAUUCAAGUACUCAUGAGGCUGGGGAUAACAACAUCAAAAAAUUGGUUCAUGAUACAUUUAACAUCCAAUUAAAUGCAACAUUUCCUGAAACAAUGGUCACACACAACAAUGCAAACAAUCUGAAAAAAAUAAAUAUGAACACCAGUACAACUGCUGCUGAGAAAAUAAGCACCAACAGCAAUAAAUUUGCUCUUGAAACUAAGUCCAGGCCAAUCAAUAUACUUGAUUCUGAAACUAUGGUGACCCACAUCAACACAACUGCUCCUGGAACAGUAUCUAUUCAAACCAAUAUAAUUCCUCCUGAAACUACAGCAAUCCAGAUCAAUACAUCUGCUCCUGAAACUAAUUCAAGGCUAACCAAUAUAUCAGCUCCUGAAACUAUGGCAACAUGGGUUAAGACAGCUACUCCUGAAACUACGACCACCCAAAUUAAUACAAGUGCUCUUGUAACUAUGUCCAUUCGCACCCAUACAAUUGCCCCUGCAACUAUAGUGACCCAGAUUAAUACAAUUACUUCUGAAACUAUGACCACCCAGAUUAAUACAACUGUUCCUGAAACUAUGUUUAUGCCAACCAAUACAACCGCUCCUGAAACCAUGUUGACCCAGAUCAAUACAACUGCUCCUGAAACCACAUUGACCCAAAUCAAUACAACUGCUCCUGAAACCACGUUGACCCAGAUCAAUACAACUGCUCCUGAAACCAUGUUGACCCAAAUCAAUACAACUGCUCCUGAAACCACGUUGACCCAGAUCAAUACAACUGCUCCUGAAACCAAGUUGACCCAGAUCAAUACAACUGCUCCUGAAACCAAGUUGACCCAGAUCAAUACAACUGCUCCUGAAACCACGUUGACCCAGAUCAAUACAACUGCUCCUGAAACCACAUUGACUGAAAUCAAUACAACUGCUUCUGAAACCACGUUGACCCAGAUCAAUACAACUGUUCCUGAAACCAUGUUGACCCAGAUCAAUACAACUGCUCCUGAAACCAUGUUGACCCAGAUCAAUACAACUGCUCCUGAAACCACAUUGACCCAAAUCAAUACAACUGCUCCUGAAACCAUGUUGACCCAGAUCAAUACAACUGCUCCUGAAACCAUAUUGAUCCAAAUCAAUACAACUGUUCCUGAAACCAUGUUGACCCAGAUCAAUACAACUGCUCCUGAAACCACAUUGACCCAGAUCAAUAUAACUGCUCCUGAAACCACAUUGACCCUGAUCAAUACAACUGCUCCUGAAACCAUGUUGACCCAGAUCAAUACAACUGCUCCUGAAACCAUGUUUACCCAGAUCAAUACAACUGCUCCUGAAACUAUGUUUACUCAGAUCAAUACAACUGCUCCUGAAACCAUGUUUACUCAGAUCAAUACAACUGCUCCUGAAACCAUGUUUACCCAGAUCAAUACAACUGCUCCUGAAACUAUGUUUACCCAGAUCAAUAUAACUGCUCCUGAAACCAUGCUGACCCAGAUGAAUUCAACUGCUCCUGAAACUAUGGCAACUCACGUGAAAAUAACUGCUCCUGAAACUACAGGCACGCAGAUCAAUACAACUGCUCCUGAAACUAUGGCGUCUCGCGUGAAGAUAACUAUUCCUGAAACUACAGGGACUCAGAUCAAUACAACUGCUCCUGAAACUAUGGCGUCUCGCGUGAAGAUAACUGCUCAUGAAACUACAGGGACGCAGAUCAAUACAACUGCUCCUGAAACUAGGUUCACCCGCACCAAUACAACAGCACUUGAAACUAGGGACACCCGCACCAAAAUAAUUCCUCCUGAAGCGAGGGUCACACAGCUCAACACAACUGCUCCUGAAUCUCAGGUAGUGCAUGCCAAUACAGCUACUGCUGAAAUUAGGAUAACUCACACCAAUACAACUACCCCUGAAUCUACAGUCACUCACAAUGCAACUGCACUUGAAAUGACCAUCACUCAUAGCAAUAUAACUACACCCGAAAUUAUGGUGACCCAAAUCAAUACAACUGCCCCUGAAACUGAGAUCACAUGGUCCAACACGACUGCUCCAGAAUCUAGGGUCACACAUAACAGUACAACUGCUCUAGAAGAUAAGACCACAAUGUUCAAUUCAACUGCUCCUGAAACUACAAUCACAUGGUUCAAUACAACAGCGUCUGAAACUAGGGUCAUACACACUAAUACGACAGCUGCAGAAACUAGGCUCACUUACAACAGUACAACUGUGCCUAAGUCUAGGACCAUGCAAAUGGAAGUAAUCCCUCCUGAAACUAGGGAUAUGCAAGCCAAAACAACAGCUCCUGAAACUAAUACCACACUUACCAAUACAAUUGCUCCUGAAUUUAAAACCACACUUAUCAAUACAACUGUCCCUGAAACUAAGAUCACAUGGUCCAACACAACCACUCUAGAAACUGGGGACACAGACAACAGUACAACUGUGUCUGAAUCUAGGAACAUGCAAGCCAAAAUAAUCCCUCCUGAAACUACAGCUCCACGAGCUAAUACAACUCCUGAAACUAAUGCCACACCUACCAAUACAACUACUCCUGAACCUAAUGCCACACUUACCAAUACAACUGCUCCUGAAACUAACAACACGGGCACCAAUACAAUUGCUCUUGAAUCUAAUGCCAUCCACACCAUUACAAAGGUUCCAGAACCUAAUACCACACAUGUCAAUAUAACAGCCCCUGAAAGCAGGGUUACCAACUCAGCUGCGUCUGAAACUGUAAGCACCAACUCCAAUAGAAUCAGCAUUGAAUUGAACUAUGUCCACUCUGACACCAAUGAUCCUGAAAUGAUGGACACUAUCUCAAAUACAACCAACCUUAAUACUACCAUUUCCAAUACUGGUAAAAGAAAUUCUGAAGUUAUGGGCACCCUCAUCGAUUCAACUGUUCAAGCAAUCAACACCAGCAACAUUAAUGCAGCCAUUUCUGCGAUUAUGUUCAAUGACACAAAUACAACAACUCCAGGAACUAUAAUAAAUGAAACCAAUAUUAACAUAAAAAUAAUGAGGAACAAUGUGACAGAUUCAAAUAUCCUUGAAACUAAAGGGACCAAUGCCGCUGUAGCUGAACCUGAAAAUGCUGGCAACAAUACCAAUCUAACUCUUCCUGAGACAAUAGUCAGGAAAACCAAUACAUUUACUUUUGGGAGUUUGGAAAACAAAAUCAACAUAGAUGUUCCAAUAAUAAUGGACAAUGAUGCCAUUUUGACUACGCUUGAAUCUAGAGAUACAAACUUCAAUGCAUCCUUUUCUGAAUUAAUGGAUAAUGAGUCAGUUUCAAACAUUGCUGGAACUAAUGGCAUAUACAAUGAUACAGCUGCUCCUGAACAUAACAGCAUUUACUCUGAAAUACUGGACAAAGACAAAAGCAGAGGGAAUCGUGGAACUCGGAGCAUCCAAACAAUUGCAACUACUCAAGAGAUUACAGGUAAUGACAAUGACUCAAUCAUUCACGAAAAUAGAAUCAUUGACCAAGCUGUAGAAACCCAAGGAACUCGGGGUAUUGAUUCCAAUACAACCACUCCAGAGUCUGUGGGCACCACUAUAAUUACAGGUGCUGCCAAGACUAUGCCAUCCAGAACCAAUAUAACCAUGUCUGGUAAACAGGGCAAUAGCACGAAUAACGACAUGUCAGCCACUAUUCACACCCAUAGAAACAUAAUUACACCUAAAAUACUGAAUAUCCAAACUAAUAUGAUUAUUCCUGAAAACAUGGUUACAGAUUCCAAACCGACUCCUACAACGAUGACUACCGACUCGAAUACAGUUGCUCCUAUAAACAUGUUCAUCCAAAACAAUACAACCGCUCCCAAAAUCAUGUCCACCCAUACCAAUACAACUGCUCCUGAAAUUGUGCUCACCCACACCAUUGCAACUGCUCAUGAAACCAUGUCCACCCUCAUCGAUACAACUGUCCCUGAGACCAUGUCCCCCCACACCACUGCAACUGAUCCUAAAACUAGGUCCACCCUCAUCAAUACAACUGCUCCUGAAUCCAUGCCCCCUCAUAUCAAAAUAACUGCUCCUGAAAUUGUGUCCACCAAUACCAACACAAUUUCUGCUGAAGUCAUGUCCACCCCCAUCAAUACAACUACUACUGAAACAAUGUCCAUCCACAUCAAUACAACUGGUCCCGAAACCUUGUCCAUCCACACCAAUACAACUGCUACUGAAACCAAGUCCCCCCACACCAAUACAACUGCUCCUGAAACCAUGUCCAUCCACAUCAAUACAAGUGCUCCUGAAACCAUGUCCACCCACACCAACACAACUCCUGAAACCAUGUCCAUCCACACCAAUACAACUGCUCCUGAAACCAUGUCCAUCCACACCAAUACAAGUGUUCCUGAAACCAUGUCCAUCCACACCAAUACAACUGCUCCCGAAACCUUGUCCAUCCACACCAAUACAACUGCUCCUGAAACCAUGUCCAUCCACACCAAUACAACUGCUCCCGAAACCAUGUCCGUCCACACCAAUACAACUGGUCCUGAAACCAUGUCCAUCCACACCAAUACAAGUGUUCCUGAAACCAUGUCCACCCACACCACCACAACUCCUGAAGCCAUGUCCAUCCACAUCAAUACAAUUACUCCUGAAACCAUGUCCAUCCACACCAAUACAACUGCACCUGAAACCAUGUCCACCCACACCAACACAACUCCUGAAACCAUAUCCAUCCACAUCAAUACAAUUACUCCUGAAACCAUGUUCACCCACAGUGAUUCAGCAGAUCCUGCUAUCAGGUCCAUACACACCAAUCUAACUGCAGCUGAAACUACGUACCCCUACAUCAAUACAACUAUACCUGAAACCAUGUCCACUCACAUCGUUUCAACAGCAUCUGAAUUCAGGUCCACAUACACCAGUCUAACUGCUCCUGAAACCAUGUCCACCCAGAACAAUAUAACUGUUCCAGAAACCAUGUCAACCCACAUCAAUGCAAUAGCUCCUGAAAUCAGGUCCAUCUUCACAAAUACAACUAUUCCUGAAACCAUGACCAUCCACACCAACACAACUGCACCUGAAACUUUGUCCCUCCACAUCAAUACAACUGCACCUGAAACCAUGACCCUCUACACCGAUAAAACUGCUCCUGAAAUUGUGUCCCCCGACACUAAUACAACUCUUCCUGAAACCAUGUCCGUCCGCACCAAUACAACUGCUCCUGAGAACACAUCCACCAAGACCAACAAAACAGGUCCUGAGACUAUAUCCACCCACACCAAUACAACUGUCCCUGAAACCAUUUCCAUCCAUGCCAAUACAACUGCUCCUGAAACCAUGUCCAUCCACGCCAAUACAACUGUUCCUGAAACCAUGUUCACACAGACCAAUACAACAGCUCCGAAAAUCAGGUCCAUACACAUCAAUACAAUUGCUCGUGAAACCAUGUCCAUCCACACCAAUACAACUGCUCCUCAGACCAUGUCCACCCACACCAAUAGAACUACUAAAACCAUGUCCAUCCACACCAAUAGAACUGCUCGUGAAACCAUUUUCACCCAGACCAAUACAACAGCUUCUGAAUUCUGGUCCACAAGCACCAAUCAAACUGUUCCUGAAAUCAUGUUCAUCCAGACCAAUACAACUACUCCUGAAACCAUGUCCAACAAUGACAUUAUAACUGUUCAUGAAACCAUGUCCACCCACAUAGAUUCAACAGCUCCUGAAAGCAGAUCCAUCCCCACUAAUACAAAUAUUCCUGAAACCAUGACCAUCCACACCAAUACAACUGCUCCUCAAACUGUGUCCCCUCACAUCAAUAUGACUGCUCCUGAAACCAUGUCCAUCCACAUAAAUACAACUGCUCCUGAAUCCGUGUCUCCCCACGUCAAUACAACUGCUCCUGAGAACACACCCACCCAGACCAAUAAAACAGGUCCUGAAACUAUGUUCUCACACACGAAUACAACUGCUCCUGAAACCAUGUCCACCCAUGCCAAUACAACUGUUCCUGAAGCCAUGUCCAUCCACAUCAAUACAACUGCUCCUGAAACCAUGUCCACCCAUGCCAAUACAACUGUUCCUGAAGCCAUGUCCAUCCACAUCAAUGCAACUGCACCUGAAACCAUGAACAUCCACACCAAUACAACUGCUCCAGAAACCAUGUCCACCCAGAACAAUACAACUGCUUCUCAGACCAUGUCCACCCACACCAAUACAACUGCUCCUCAGACCAUGUCCACCCACAUCAAUACAACUGCUCCUGAAACCAUGUCCACCCACACCAAUACAACUGCUCCAGAAACCAUGUCCACCCAGAACAAUACAACUGCUCCUCAGACCAUGUCCACCCACACCAAUACAACUGCUCCUCAGACCAUGUCCACCCACAUCAAUACAACUGCUCCUGAAAUCAUAUUCACCCAGACCAAUACAACAGCUUCUGAAUUCAGGACCACAUAUACCAAUCAAACUACUCCUGAUACAAUGUCCAACAAUGACAUUAUAACUGUUCGUGAAACCAUGUCCACCCACAUAGAUUCAACAGCUCCUGAAAUCAGAUCCAUCCCUACCAAAACAAAUAUUCCCAAAACCAAGACCAUCCACACCAAUACAACUCCUGAAACCAUGUCCAUCCAGACCAACACAACAGGUCCUGAAACCAUUUCCAUCCACACCAAUACAACUGCUCCUCAAACUGUGUCCCCUCACAUCAAUAUGACUGCUCCUGAAACCAUGUCCAUCCACAUAAAUACAACUGCUCCUGAAACCGUGUCUCCCCACGUCAAUACAACUGCUCCUGAGAACACACUCACCCAGACCAAUAAAACAGGUCCUGAAACUACGUUCUCACACACGAAUACAACUGCUCCUGAAACCAUGUUCACCCAUGCCAAUACAACUGUUCCUGAAACCAUGUCCACCCACAUCAAUGCAACUGCACCUGAAACCAUGUCCAUCCACAGCAAUACAACUGUUCCUGAAACCAUGUCCACUCACAGCAAUGCAACUGUUCCUGAAACCAUGUCCACCCACAUCAAUGCAACUGUUCCUGAAACCAUGACCAUCCACACCAAUACAACUGUUCCUGAAACCAUGUCCAUCCACACCAAUACAACUGCUCCAGAAACCAUGUCCACCCACACCAAUACAACUGCUCCAGAAACCAUGUCCACCCAGAACAAUACAACUGCUCCUCAGACCAUGUCCACCCACACCAAUACAACUGCUCCUCAGACCAUGUCCACCCACAUCAAUACAACUGCUCCUGAAAUCAUAUUCACCCAGACCAAUACAACAGCUUCUGAAUUCAGGACCACAUAUACCAAUCAAACUGCUCCUGAAACCAUGUUCAUCCAGACCAAUACAACUACUCCUGAUACAAUGUCCAACAAUGACAUUAUAACUGUUCGUGAAACCAUGUCCACCCACAUAGAUUCAACAGCUCCUGAAAUCAGAUCCAUCCCUACCAAAACAAAUAUUCCCAAAACCAAGACCAUCCACACCAAUACAACUCCUGAAACCAUGUCCAUCCAGACCAACACAACAGGUCCUGAAACCAUUUCCAUCCACACCAAUACAACUGCUCUUGAGACCAUGGCCAUCCACACCAAUACAACUGCACCUGAAACCAUGUCCACCCACACCAAUACAACUGCUCCUGAGACCAUGUCCAUCCAGACCAACACAACAGGUCCUGAAACCAAUUCCAUUGACACCAAUACAACUGCUCCUGAGAACAUGUCCAUCCACACCAAUACAACUGCACCUGAAACCAUGUCCACCCAAACCAAUACAACUGCUCCUGAGACUAUGUCCAUUCACACCAAUACAACUGCUCCUGAAACCAUUUCCAUCGACACCAAUACAACUGCUCCUGAGAACAUGUCCAUCCACACCAAUAAAACUGCACCUGAAAGCAUGUCCACCCAAACCAAUACAACUGCUCCUGAAACCAUGUCCAUCCACACCAAUACAACUGCUCCUGAAACCAUGUCUAUCCACACCAAUACAACUGCUCCUGAGACCAUGUCCAUCCAGAUCAACACAACAGGUCCUGAAACCAUGUCCACGCAGAACAACACAAUAGAUCCUGAGACCAUGUCCAUCCACACCAAUACAACUGCUCCUGAAACCAUUUCCAUCCACACCAAUACAACUGCUCCUGAGACCAUGUCCAUCCACAUCAAUACAACUGCUCCUGAAACCAUGUCCACUCACACCAAUACUACUGCACCUGAAACCAUGACCACCCAGACCAACACAACAGGUCCUGAAACCAUGUACACCCACACCAAUACAACUGCUCCUGAAACUAUGUCCACCCACACCAAUAGAACUGCUCCUGAAACAAUGUCCAUUUACAUCAAUACAACUGUUCCCGAAACCAUGUCCAUCCACACGAAUAUAACUGCACCUGAGACCAUGACCACCGACACCAGUACAACUGCACCUGAAAUGAUGUCCAUCCAUGCCAAUGCAACUGUUCCUGAAAACAUGUCCACCUACACCAAUACAACUGAUCCUGAGACCAAGUCCAUCCACACCAAUACAACUGUUCCUGAAACCAUGUCCAUCCACACCCAUACAACUGUUCCUGAAACCAUGUCCACCCACACCAAUGCAACUGUUCCUGAGACCAUGUUCGCCCACAUCAAUGCAACUGCUCCUGAAACCAUGUCCGUCCACACCAAUAGAACUGCUCCUGAAACCAUAUUUACCCAGACCAAUACAACAGUUUCUGAAUUCAAGUUCACAUACGCCAAUCAAACUGCUCCUGAAACCAUGUCCACCCAGAACAUUAUAGCAAUGUCGACCCACAUAGAUUCAACAGCUCCUGAAAUCAGAUCCAUCCCACCAAUAUAA